AACACACUCACUCACUUGAGUUUGGGUGUUGGCCCAGCCUCAGUUAUUGCUUAUACAUAGACUGUACAGAACAUGCUUUUUGAAGAAUCGAAAUAGAUUUGUUUUUAUCAUAUUUUAUAUUACUUUUCUGUUGACUUUAUAUUAUUGCCACCCACGGCCUUAGCCCCGGACAUUACAUUGGUACCAGGAGUGGGGUUGGCAAGGAUGUAAAGUGGUGUUGGUGAGCAACAAGUGGGGUAAUAAAUUUGGAUAUUUGACAGUAACACACAGAGGAAUAAUUGGACAUUAUUACUUUUCAAAAAUGGAAUUUACAAAACGAUGUUGGUUCUGUAAGUCUACAAACCACACCAAGCGACAAUGUGAACUAUUCAAAAAUGCCAGGUAUUUCUGUUCAAAAUGCCAAAUUUAUGGACAUCGUGAUAAAGAUCAUCAGGAUUAUCCGAGACUCCAGGAGAAUUUUAUGAAGGCAUUCAAGUCUGCUUCAACACAAACAAAACUUUUAAAAUCAAAUGAGCGACCAAAGCAACAUAAUAAACAUUGUCAAACAGAAACUGUAAAUAUGGAUGUUUAUAAAUACAACAUGGACAACUACAAACGCAUAGAGAGUGAAUUAUAUGGACAGAAGAAUGGAAACAGAAUAUACAAGGAACGGAUCAUGGAACUAGAAUCACUGAAGGUUAAAAAUUUGGCUGACAUGAAAGCUCGAGACAAAGAGAUCCAAGAAUUACGCAGGGACUUACAGGAAUAUUCUGAUCGCACAACUAUGGAUGAUCAAACCAUCUCCAAACUGAAAUCUGAUCUGACGGAUUCUGAGGUGAGAUUAUACAUAUUGACCGUUACCAGUGAUAAACAUCUAAAUACAAUCAUUGAUAUCAGGAAUCAACUCAAGGAACAAUCCGAAACUAUGGAAAUAUAUAAAACAGUGAUAAAAACGCAGCAGGAAAAAUUGGAUCAAAUUAUAACUCGAGUGGGACCAACUGAAUCUUCAACUUUAUGGAAACAAUUAGGAGAACAUCUAUUUUGGAAGGGAAAGACACCAAAUCAACACAAACCCAUACUCUUUGAUGUUUGAUUUGAGGAUAUGUUUCGUCGUGACCUACAACUACAAGAGAUGUGUAUAACUUCUGCAACUUAUGCAUAUUUACUAUUUUAUGAUCAUCUUCACAACCUUAAACUGCAUUGUUGAACUGUAUAGAUGUGACCAUGGUGCAAUCAUGACAUUCUCACAUAUUUGUUUAUAUUCUGCGAUACUUAUCUUCAAUUGACUGUCAUGACAUCAGAUAUACAUAUAUCGUUAGUGACUAGCCUUUUACCACAAUGUGCCAAUCAAACCUAUUGAGUAAUCAAUCGUCAUGGUGUAUUUGUCUUAAAUUGAUGUUUAUUUAUUAGCCAGUUAUGGUGUUCAUUUAACUGCCUAUGGUGUUCAAGCCUUAUGGUGUAAAGUAACUAGCCUUUAUGGUACUAAAGCCUUUUAUGGUGCAUAUACUCAGCCUUUUAUGGUGUGCAUUUGCCUAUAUGGUGUUAUAUUUUGCCUUACAUGGUGUUAAUUAAGCCUAAAAUGAUUUUACUUAACAUGUUUUUUGGUACUUCAAUGGCUUUUCAUUUAACUUGUCAACAUUUUAUACUUUAGAAUUAUGUUAUACCUUGCUUUAUAAUGUUGACCAUUGUGGAUGUUAUUAGGGGAGGAAUAUGCUCAUUUUUAUACAGAUGUGUUACAUAAUUUUAAAUUGCUACAAAUCUUUCCUUUAUGUAUUUUGUAUUUAUCUACUUAAGGUAAAUGCGGGACGCAUUUAGACGUUGUCCGCGUGGAUGUAACAUGGCCAUUUUCAUAUUUUAUAUUUCUCACUUUUCAUAUUGAUCAAUCCUUUAUAUUUCACUUAUUCUCAGUUUAACAGGUCCCUAGCUUACUAUUGUAUCAGUGACAAAUGUUUUAAUCCUCUUGUUUGCCAUGCCUUGCCUUUUCACUUUCUAAUGUUUCAAACCAGUUUUUAGCUUUUCAUGUUGUAUGUUCAAUGUUGUUUUGUAUUGUGUCACUUCCAUAUAUGGAAAACACACUCACUCACUUGAGUUUGGGUGUUGGCCCAGCCUCAGUUAUUGCUUAUACAUAGACUGUACAGAACAUGCUUUUUGAAGAAUCGAAAUAGAUUUGUUUUUAUCAUAUUUUAUAUUACUUUUCUGUUGACUUUAUAUUAUUGCCACCCACGGCCUUAGCCCCGGACAUUACA